GGACUUUUUGGCGGGAACGCGAGUAGUGAAGCUGUGUGAUUUAUUUUAUUUUGUCUAUUUAGUGUUUCUUCCGGUUUAAAUGUGUAAUAACGGUGGCUUAUUAACUGUUUAAUAUCUUUUAAAGUGCACAAAUGUGGGAAAAUGAAACAAAGCCGCUGGACGUAACUUCUCGGGAUCCUCCAAAAAGUCCACUGAAAAAAAUCUCAGUAAAUGACCAUCAUUUUGCUGAUAUUAUACUUCAUCCCAUAUCAUUUCAUCUCAUGUCAUUUCAUUUCGUUUUCAUUUCACUUCAUGCUGUUUCAUAAUAAUCAACUUCAUUUCAUUUCAUAAUAUCAUUUUCAUAUAAAAAGUUACGUAUUAAGAAAAUUAAAAUAAGACGACCUAAAGGUUACCAGGUCAUAAAAUCCCUUAAAAAAAACUAUACAUUUUUCAGCCAUGUUUUUUUGGUUUUAUUUGUGUAUCAAUCGUAGCAGUGACUGUUAACGUAUUAGUUUAAUUUUUCUGUGCAACUCUCAUGUUAAUUAUACUGUCAUCGUAAAAUUAUCAUUAAUUUUCAGUGCAAUAAUUAUUUAUUUACAAUUUAUUAAUCUGACAAAGACAGUUUUAACUCUCAGUUAAUUAAGUGAGCUCAUGUAAACAAACGCCAACAACGGCCAUUACCGUACCCGUAUAUACUUAAAUUGUACUUAAAUUUUUUUGGGAAUUGUUUUAAAUCAAAACGAAAACGUAUACGUGGUUAAUAAAUAUACCUAUUUUAUUAUUGUGAAAGCAAUGCCAAAAAAAAGGAAAGGGGCCAAUUUGAGCCGUCGAACGAUCCAUGCUAGAGCCAUGCAUGAUAUAAGAGCACGAAGAUCAAGCGAACAAAUUCAAGAAAACAAUGCAGAUUCGCGUGUGAGAAUGUCACAGUUACGUAAAUCACGAUUACAAGAGGCACGAGAUGAACGAAAUCAACAAAGACAACUAGAACCGUCAAAUGGGAUAAAUAGGGAUUCUGGGGUAAAUGGGGACAAACCUGUGGAAGAUGUUCAAAGUACCUGUAGCACGGAGUCUACCUAAUUUUGUUUAUUGUAAUAUUAAUCAAUGUAUAGAAGAAAAACCAAGUUAACUAUGGAAACACUGAAUAUGAGUUCCCCAAAAAUUCGUCAAAUUAAAUUGAAAAUAGUGGUUGAAAAGUGCGUUUUAAAACAGCUUAAGAACUUUUAAAAAUAAUGUUAUCGUUGUUUUUUCAAUAAGAUCACAGUUUAUAUAAGUUUUUAAUUCACCCGGAAAUACCACAACAAACAAAGACAAGACAAAAUAAAAAAAUGUAUAUUUUUUCCUUUCUUUUUGGGGGAAAUUGGGACGUAUGUGGGGUAAAAUGGAACGAGACUGGAAACAUUAGGUACGAGAAAACACAAAAUUGGAACGCGAAAAGACAAAAUAGGGAUGACUUGUUAGGGUUGUCACUGAUAUAAUAGAUUUUUUUGCCUAUACUAUCAAUUGCGUAAUGUAAAGAAGGGUAAUGUGGUUUAUGUAAGUAUUAUAGGUAGAAUAAAAGCAUGUAUAUAUAUUUUGGAAAGGUUUAACAACGGUGGGUGAUAUUGCUCGGUAGACCGACGGUCCAAAUGUUAUUCGGAACUUUUAUAUCCGAAGACUUAUCUUGCAAAUGUCGUAGGCGACGUAGGUCAUACAUACACAAAUUUAUCGGAACGAAACGUAAGCGGACGUUAGUCGAUGCGGGUAGGCUCUGCCUGAAGUCAGCGCGAUUCUAUGCGCGGACGGCGACGUAUCGGCCCGACGUCACAGCGAACCGGUUUUGGGUGCGUGUGUCCAAUGUAGUUGACUGGUGCGCAUCGUCACGGCUGAAAUAUGUGUCGGAAUAAAAUGUAAUGUGGUGUAUGUAAAUGCGUACCAGUUGUGCGUAAGUGUAUAUGUGGGAGUAGCCCACAAUAUAAUUACUUUUCUUUUCGCGACAUUCACUUUGUAAUAUCUGCCCGAUCGUAUGUCCUACCUACCUAUAUAUCGCAGUACUGCGAGCUGACAGCCCUUGCAAAUAUCCAAAUUUAACCCUUACCCGUGUCAAUUUACCCCAGACAUAGGAUAAAUUGGGACGGCCAUUACUUUACCGAUUAUUUCUUUAAAAUGAAAAAAUAAUGUAACGGUUUAUCACCUAGGUACGUUCAAGACUCAACUUAUUUCUUUGGUUGAGCAGUGACUAUUUAAUUGGAACUAUUUUAAAAUUCAAUCUGAAGUUCGAUUUUGUCCCUAUUUACCCCAUUUGGCUGAACCAUAGGUUAUACACUUAUUAUAUGACUAGGACGAAGAGUAACUCGCAGAUAGAUAGAUAUCAAAGAUUGUAAUUUGAAAUAUAUUUGUUACUUUAAUAAAGAUUUAUUUAUUAACUUAAAUAAAACAUUUAUUCUUUAUAACGCUUUCGAUUAUAAAUAUAUCCCCGGAUACUUAUAGUAGAUAGUUAUUUUUAUUAUAAAAAAUGUUUCCUAGAAAUAACAUCCAUGGCAAAACAACGUUUGCCGGGUCAGAUAGUAUAAUAUAAAAAUAAGUUAAAAUAUUAACUAUCCCUGUUUUCCAAUUACAGCACAAGAGCGCAUUAUGCGGCAUAAUGCUCAACGUUGAAUGUUUCAACUACAGCUUUUUUUUUUCCUACUUAAGCUGAUAGUCUAAGAGGCUAUUUCAGCGUAACCGUGGCUAGUAGGUGAGCUCACGGGGCUCAAACCUGAUGACGAUGCUAACACGAACCCUAGCAAGAGUCGUGCUUCGCAGAAUCUACCACCGGAUCGGAAAUGCGACCUACUGAGAAGAUCCGGCGAGAAACUCAGUGGGCUGUGUCUGAGAGUUAAUUUAUUCGUCGAGCCCUUCGUCGCAAGCGACGGGUUCGACGAGAACGAUGACCGGUGCUUGAAGUACCUAAAAGCACCGUUAGUGGAUCGGGAGGAUCCGAGAUGACGUGUUUUGGGCGACGUCGACUGCUUUCCAUUCUCUCCGCAGGAUCGGGAAUGUAGUUACCGGCGGCUACGAUGAGAGGGUUCUCGUGUCGUGCCGCUUUAUCGAAGUGGCGCAUCGACGCCGACUGAAGAUACUUACUGAUGGACUCUUAAGUCCAGGUCGUCAUGGAGGUCGACGUUCCUGACGAACCACGGGGCUCCGACGGCUAUCCUGCAAAAACGGGAUUGAAUGAUUUGAAAUGAUUUUAAGUGUAUGCGGGCCGCGUGAGCGAACACUACACUUGCAUAGGUCAUGACGGGGCGUAUGCAAGUUUUGUAGAGUGUAACCUUAUUUCUAAGGGACAUUUUACUUCGCCUACAUAUCAUCGGGUAGAGACGUCCUAGAAUGAAGGCGGCACGGUCGCGUACCGUCUUGAUGUGAGGGCGGAAUGUCAUCCUACUGUCGAGGGUGACGCCUAAAUAUUUGACCUUCGGGGCCCACGGUAUGGGCUGGUCGAACAUCCAACUACAGUAACGCUUCGCACAAUCAAGCAUUCAAAAGUAAUGCUCUCGCGUGAUACUCGCAAUCGAUACCGACUCGAUUAUGCGAAGCGUUGCUGUAGUUGAAACAUUCAACGUUGAGCAUUAUGCCACAUAAUGCGCUCUUGUGCUGUAAUUGGAAAACAGGGCAUGAUUCCUACGUACAAAAAAUUUGUAUAGGGUACGGUACAUGUUUUAAAGCGAUGCUAGCAACACUAACAUCGGCAGAAACUGAUUGCCAUGCUGAAAAAGAGCCAGAAUUUUUUUUAAGGGAUUUUGUGACCUGGUAACUUUUAAGUCAUGUCUUAUUUUAAUUUAAAUUCUUACCUAAUUUUAUGAAAAAAGAUAAUAUGAAAUGAAAUGAAGAUGAUCAAUUUAAAACAUUAAUCAACUGGGAUGAAAUUGAAUGAAAUGAGCUGUGAUGAUAUGGGAUGAAAUAUAAUCUCAGUAAAAUGGUGGUCAUUUACUGAGAUCAUUUCAGUGGACAUUUUGGAGAAUCCCAAGAAGUUACGUCCAACGGCUUUGAUUCAUUUUCCCACAUUUGUGCACUUUCACAGAUAUUAGACAGUUAAUAUACCACUGUUAUUAGACAUUUAAACCUGAAGGAAUACUAAAAAGAUGUGUGGUGUCAUGGGACACCGGACAGGAACGAAUUUCCUUAUUAUAAAAAUAUUAAUUUUAAGUUAUAUUCGAGGUAUAAAGAAAAUAAUUAUUCGGGUAUACAUUUUUUAUUGAUAACAAUAAAAAAACUACAUUAUCAACUUCAUUUUAUUCACAAUGAUUUAUCAAAAAAAUAUAUAAAUAAUAUACAAAGGAACAGCUAUUUAUGUAAAUAAUAAUAAUGACCGUCAGCAUGUAGACUAUACAUUAGACACUAUAGCCAUUAAUUAUACUAAGACUAUACAUAAAUAAUAAAAAUCUUCUGCUGUUCGUUCCAACAAGGAUUGCUGCCUGUUUUUUUUAAUUGCAAACAAAAUCUUUGUACGCCGAUCAAAUGAUUUCAAUGCUGUUUUUUUGUGGCUCACCAAAUUUUAUAAUUGCAAAACAUUUCAGUACUUCUCUAUUAUUAUUGUGUGACAUUCAUAUUAUAAUAUAAUACAGAUGUUAGAUGCGUUAGUAACUGUUGCACUCAUUCCAUAGUUUCAACAGUCUAAGUUGUUCCCAUAAAAAUUGAUAGAUGGCAGUAGUAUCUCUAAAAAUAAAAAGUGUGACAACUUUUCGUAAGAAUUUUUUCCGUCUAGCCCCCUUUCACAACGCGCGAUAAGGAACUUCGUUCCAUUAAACAAAAUAAAACAAAUCACACAACUUCACUCCUCGCGUUCCCGCCAAAAAGUCAGAAGCAGAAUAUUUUUUUUUUAAGAGAUUUUAUGACCUGGUAACUAAGACCUUUAAGUCAUGUCUUAUUUUAAUCUAUAUUCUUAAUUUUAUGAAAAAUGAUAUUAUGGAGUGAAAUGAAAUGAAAGUGAUUAAUUUGAGACAUUAAUCAACUGGGAUAAAAUUAAAUGAGAUGAUAUGAGAUGAAAUCUAAUCUCAGUAAAGUGGUGGUCAUUUACUAAGAUUUUUCAGUGGACUUUUUGGAGGAUCCCGAGAAGCUACGUCCAGCGGCUUUGUUUCAUUUUCCCACAUUUGUGCACUUUCACAGAUAUUAAACGGUUAAUAAACCACCAUUAUUACACAUUUAAACCCGAAGAAACACUAAAUAGACAAAAUAAAACAAAUCACACAACUUCACUUCUCGCGUUCCCGCCAAAAAGUCCAGAAGCAGAAUAAAUUAGAUUUAGCGGCUGGAGCAGCGGGGCACAGCGGCUUCGACGACGAUCGAGUUGCGCGUGGUGCUUUGUACAAGUUGGUGUUCAAGUUGGUGGUGCUGUAAUCUGCUGGAACAAAACUUCAGUGAUUAGUGAUGAAAACUAUACAAAUAUUGUGAUUGUGUACUUUUUGAACAUCGACUACAAAUUUUAGAAUUCAAAAUUUCGUGUAGUUUCAAUGGUUAACUUUAUGGCAACUACAAAAUAAAUAAAUAAAACUGCUAAUACUUACGAUGUCUUACAACUCCACGCUUGACAGCUUUUGCGGGACACCGUUUUGGAACAGUACUGCCACCUGGUACACGGAUAAUCCUGAACUAACACCAUGUUUCCAGCAGACUGUCCUCAUUUGGACACCCUGUCUCUAUCUCUGGGUGUUUGCAUUCCUUGACUUAUAUUACAUAUUCAAUAGUAAGGAACGAAAUAUACCAUGGAACAUACUGAACAUCACGAAAUUGCUAGUAACAUGUCUUUUAAUAGUUUUGAAAUUUGUGGACUUGGGUGUAGCAGUCCAUUUAUCUUCAAACGGAGAAAAGGAAGUCUACAAUGCGAAUUAUUACAGUCCUGUAAUAAAAAUAUUAACAUUCGGCUUAUCAGCAACAUUGCUAUUCUAUAACAGAAAGUAUGGUAUGAGAGCAUCUGGAGUGCUCUUUUUCUUCUGGUUACUGCUCGUCGUAGCUGGAAUACCCCAGCUAAGAUCCGAAAUUAUCGAUCACAAGAAUUUAGAUGACGACGAAAACGUCAAAUACAAUUUUAUUAGUUACAUGGUCUACUAUCCUUUGAUAGUUCUCAUGUUCAUACUUAAUUGUUUUGCCGAUUUGCCACCUAAGGACACGCCUUAUAAGUAUCAAAAGAAUCAAUGUCCGGAGAAUGCAGCGGGAUUCCCGAGCCGCCUCACGUUUAGCUGGUUCGAUCCGCUCGCCCUGACUGGAUUCCGCAGGAGUCUUGUUGAGAACGAUCUGUGGGCCCUGAACCCACCGGACUCUUCGAAAGAAUGCGUUCCGAAAUUCGAUAAAUUUUGGGAAAGAUCUCUGAAGAAACGCGAACUAUCGAACGGUACUAAGGCGACAUACCGAAAAACUUCAGCCAGUGUCAACUUCAAGCCAGAAAAUGAAAAGAAGCCAGCCUCGAUAUUACCAGCACUGUGUCUCGCAUUUGGAGGACAGUUUCUUUUUGGUUCUAUCUUGAAGUUAAUCAACGAUAUUCUCAUGUUUAUAUCUCCACAGCUCCUCAAAUUAUUAAUAAGUUUCGUUAAGAACGAUGAACCGGACUGGAAAGGUUACGCAUACGCCGUCGCGCUGCUGCUGUGUGCCAUUACUCAAACAAUGCUAUUGGCGCACUACUUCACUAGGAUGUAUCUAGUGGGUAUGAGGAUCAGAACAGCGUUGACGAGCGCCAUCUACAGAAAAUCCCUACGUUUGUCGAACUCGGCUAGAAAGGAGUCAACCGUUGGAGAAAUUGUCAAUUUGAUGUCUGUCGAUGCUCAGAGAUUCGUUGAGUUAACGGCAUAUUUGAACAUGAUAUGGUCGGCGCCUCUGCAGAUCGCCCUCGCCCUAUAUUUCUUGUGGGCUAUCUUAGGUCCGUCAGUUCUCGCUGGUUUGGCGGUAAUGAUCAUUCUUAUACCGGUGAACGGUCUAAUAGCGAACAGGGUCAAGACAUUGCAAAUAAAACAGAUGAAGUACAAGGAUGAGAGAGUUAAACUUAUGAACGAAGUGCUCAAUGGAAUUAAGGUUCUGAAAAUGUACGCUUGGGAGCCUAGCUUCGAAGAUCAGAUCCUGCAAAUAAGGAACAAGGAAAUGCACGUACUGAAACAAACGGCGUAUCUAAAUUCUGCGACCUCUUUCAUUUGGUCAUGUGCUCCGUUUUUGGUUUCACUGAUGUCGUUCGGAUGCUUUGUAUUGGUGAACGAUAAGGAAACUCUGGACUCUGAGAAGGCUUUCGUUGCAUUAUCACUUUUCAACAUACUGCGUUUUCCACUGUCAAUGCUGCCUAACGUUAUAUCGAAUGUAGUACAAACGUCGGUAGGCAUAAAGAGAUUGAACAAAUUCAUGAACUGCGAUGAGCUCGACAUUAGUUCCGUCGAUCACGACAAGAAAGAGCCCAGUCCAAUUGUUAUCGAAAACGGGAAUUUCACGUGGGGCGAAAAAGAUGCCGAUCCUGUAUUGAAGAACAUUAAUUUGAAUGUACCGCGUGGCUCUUUGGUGGCCAUAGUCGGAGCUGUAGGUUCCGGGAAGAGUUCAUUGCUCGCUGCAAUGCUUGGCGAGAUGAACAAGAUAUCAGGCAGAGUGAAUACACACGGCAACAUAGCGUACGUCCCGCAACAGGCCUGGAUCCAAAAUGCCACGCUACAAGAUAAUAUACUCUUUGGGAAGCCUCUGCAGCAGCAGUCUUAUAAUAACGUUAUUAAUGUGUGCGCCCUCAAACCCGACUUUGACGUGUUACCUGGAGGAGAUCAGACCGAAAUCGGAGAGAAAGGUAUAAACUUAUCGGGCGGUCAGAAGCAGCGCGUGUCGCUGGCGCGCGCCGUGUACCACGAGGCGGACAACUACCUGCUGGACGACCCGCUGAGCGCCGUGGACUCGCACGUCGGCAAGCACAUCUUCGACAAGGUCAUCGGGCCCGCCGGCCUGCUCAAGGACAGGACGCGCGUCUGGGUCACGCACAACGUGUCCUACCUCGCGCAGACCGACCUGGUCGUCGUGCUGCGCGACGGACAGGUCUCCGAGGCCGGCUCCUACCAGCACCUGCUCGAGAAGAAGGGCGCCUUCGCUGACUUCCUGCUUCAUCAUCUGAGCGACAUCGAGAAAACUUCGCCUGACGAGUUAGAUGUUCUCAAGCAAGACCUGGAAACAAAACUCGGUACAGAAUUCCAGAACAAACUGCAAAGGGCUCGCUCGCUCUCCGAAAGUACUUCAGAGUCGGAACAAACUCCCGCAGGUGAUAGAGCUGGCAGCGUGAAACAAAAGACUCCUGACGCCCUCACUCAAAGCAAUCUCAAAGAAAAGAACAAACUGAUUGAAGCCGAGAAAGCGGAAACAGGAAGUGUGAAAUGGAGUAUAUAUAAGCACUACUUGAUGAGCGUCGGUGUUUUCGCGUCCGUCGUGACGAUUCUGAUGAAUCUGAUCCUGCAAGUGUUCCAAGUCGGCUCCAACUACUGGCUGGCGGAGUGGUCCAGUGAUUCGAAAAUCAUUGUUAACGGAACAGUGGACAGAGCAAAAAGGGACAUGUACCUCGGUGUGUAUGGAGCGCUCGGAGCAGGACAGGUGCUGUCGGUGUCGGUGUCGUCGCUGGCGCUAUACCUGGGCACGCUGGCGGCGGCGCGCGCCCUCCACGCGACUCUGCUGGCCGGCGUGCUGCGGGCGCCGUCCAUCGGCUUCUUCGACUGCACGCCCGUCGGCCGCGUGCUCAACCGCUUCAGCAAGGACGUUGACGUGCUCGACAACACGCUGCCCAUGACGCUGCGGGGCUGGACGUCCUGCUUCUUCGGUGUUUUUGCAGCAAUAGCGUCAUUUUUCGCGGAUCUAAUGCCAUACUUGGCGUGCUGGCGAGCUGCGAAGGUCAUCCACGAACUGUUACUGGACAAUGUGUUAAAGACGCCGUUGCAAUUCUUCGAAGUCACGCCUAUUGGCAGGAUACUGUCUAGAUUCGGUAAAGACGUUGACGUUUUGGACACUUCGCUACCGUCGGAGGCUUCAGACGUGAUAUAUUGCACGUUCGAGGUACUGGGAACGCUGUUCGUGAUAAGCGUGUCGACGCCCUUAUUCUUAGUGAUCGUGGUCCCGGUGGGUCUGAUCUACUACGUGAUCCAGAGGUUCUACGUGGCGACGUCCCGGCAACUCAAACGGCUGGAGUCGAUAUCGCGAUCGCCCAUCUAUUCGCAUUUCGGCGAGAGUAUCACCGGGGCGUCCACAAUACGAGCCUACGGUGUAACUGAUAGAUUUAUUGAAGAAAGCGAAAGUCGAGUGGAUCACAAUCAGUCGUGCUAUUACCCGAGCUGCAUCGCGAAUCGGUGGCUGGCCAUCCGUCUGGAAAUGAUUGGAAACUUCAUUAUAUUCAGCGCGGCUGUGUUCGCGGUGCUCGGUAGAAACUCUAUCUAUCCGGGUAUUGUAGGACUCUCGAUCAGCUAUGCGCUACAGAUCACUCAAACACUCAAUUGGUUGGUCAGAAUGACCUCUGAAGUUGAAACGAAUAUUGUCGCCGUCGAAAGGAUAAAAGAGUACGCGGAAACCGAACAGGAGGCCGCGUGGAACUUGGAGAAAGGGCCCGGCGCAACGUGGCCCGAGACGGGAGCGCUACAGCUGGAGCAGCUGACGCUGGAGUACCGCCCCGGCGAGCCGGCGCUGCGUGACGUCACGUGCACGGUGGCGCCGCGCGACAAGCUCGGCAUCGUGGGACGCACCGGCGCCGGCAAGUCUACUCUCACGCUCGGGCUCUUCAGGAUCGUGGAGGCAGCCGCCGGACGCAUCCUGAUCGACGGCGUCGACAUCGCGACCCUCGGGCUACACCAGCUGCGGUCGCGCAUCACCAUCAUCCCGCAGGAGCCGAUCCUGUUCUCGGGCACGCUGCGCUCCAACCUGGACCCGUUCGAGGCGUACAGCGACGAGGAGAUCUGGCGCGCGCUGGAACACGCCCACCUCCGUGCCUUCGUGCAGGGGCUGCCGGCCGGGCUGCGGCACGAGGUGGCGGAGGGCGGCGAGAACCUGUCGGUGGGACAGCGCCAGCUCGUGUGCCUGGCGCGCGCGCUGCUACGCAAGACGCCGCUGCUGGUGCUGGACGAGGCCACCGCGGCCGUCGACCUCGAGACUGACGACCUCAUCCAGAAGACGAUCCGCUCGGAGUUCGCGUCGUGCACGGUGCUCACUAUCGCGCACCGCCUCAACACCAUCAUGGACUCCACCAAAGUGAUGGUGCUCGACCGCGGGCAGCUCGUAGAAUAUGCGGCCCCUCAACAACUACUUAACGAUAAAAACUCCAUUUUCUACUCCAUGGCUAAAGAUGCCGGAAUAGUUAACUAAGUGUUUCCACUUCAAGAAAAUCUUGAUAACCUCUUUAAGUGUUAUAAGCGUAUAAAAAACUACUUAUGUCAAUUGUACGUUUCGAACAACAGGAUAAUACUCAGUGACAGCUACGUUUAACUGACGAACAUAUUUGGUCGAAAUCUUAUGCUAAUAAACCGAUCCCGGUAAGUUGUUAAAGUUUUAAACUGAACAGAUUAUUUGAGAUAAUGAAUUUCCAUGGCCAUUUACUUAAGGGACAGUUGAUUAGCCGACGUCCUGAGGACGGCGUGCCCCGUGCGAUAGUGGUUGGGGUCCAGAACCACUGACCUCCCGGGUCGGGCUGCCUACGAUUUCGCCUUGGCCUACGGCCUCUCCCAGCUGGUGACACAGCCCACCCGUGUCCCAGAUAUUGAGGGGCACGAGCCUUCUCUGUUGGACCUUCUGCUGACCACCGAUCCAGCCGGAUACAGUGUGGUGGUCGACGCUCCACUUGGAUCGUCUGAUCACUGCCUUAUCCGUGCUGCCACACCACUCUCUCGUCCUAGUCGUCGAACGACGACCAGGUAUCGAAGAGUUUGGCAGUAUUUGUCAGCAGAUUGGGAUGGAUUGCGUGAGUUUUACGCAUCCUACCCAUGGGGGCGGUUCUGCUUUUCCUCUGCUGAUCCUGACGUCUGUGCGGACCGUCUUAAAGACGUGGUGCUCCAGGGGAUGGAAUUGUUUAUUCCCUCCUCUGAAGUGCCCGUUGGGGGUCGCGGCAGACCCUGGUAUAACAAUGCCAGCAGGGAUGCUGCACACCUCAAGCGGUCCGCAUACGUUGCAUGGGAUGAUGCUAGGAGACGUCGGGAUCCUAACAUCUCAGAGGAAAGGCGGAAAUAUAACGCCGCUUCCAGGUCCUACAAGAAGGUUAUUGCCAGGGCGAAAUCGGAGCACGUUGCUAGAAUUGGCGAGCGACUGAAGAGCUAUCCCUCUGGGAGCCGUGCUUUUUGGUCGCUCGCCAAAGCUGCAGAAGGUAACUUUUGCAGGUCUAGUCUCCCACCACUACGCAAGUCCGAUGACAGUCUGGCCCAUAGUGCGAAAGAGAAGGCUGACCUUCUGGUCAAACUCUUCGCCUCGAACUCGACUGUGGACGACGGGGGUGCCACACCACCGAACAUCCUCCGGUGUGAUAGUUCCCUGCCGGAGAUCUGCUUUACACAGUGUGCAGUCAGGCGGGAACUCCGACUCCUGGACGUCCAUAAGUCGAGCGGGCCAGACGGCAUCCCUGCAGUGGUUCUGAAAACGUGCGCCCCUGAGCUGACGCCUGCGCUAACGCGUUUGUAUCGCCUCUCUUAUUGCGCUAACAGGGUUCCGUCUUCAUGGAAGACUGCCCACGUCCACCCUAUCCCCAAGAAGGGUGACCGGUCGGACCCAUCGAGCUACAGGCCUAUCGCGAUAACUUCCUUGCUUUCCAAGGUGAUGGAGCGAAUAAUUAAUAUACAACUCCUGAAGUAUCUGGAGGAUCGCCAGCUGAUCAGUGACCGACAGUACGGUUUCCGUCACGGUCGCUCAGCUGGCGAUCUUCUUGUAUACCUUACUCACAGGUGGGCUGAAGCCUUGGAGAGCAAGGGCGAGGCUCUUGCUGUGAGCCUUGAUAUUGCGAAGGCCUUCGACAGGGUCUGGCAUAGGGCACUUCUGUCGAAGCUACCAUCUUACGGAAUCCCCGAGGGUCUCUGCAAGUGGAUCGCUAGCUUUUUGGAUGGGCGGAGCAUCACGGUCGUUGUAGACGGUGACUGUUCUGAUACCAUGACCAUUAACGCUGGCGUUCCACAAGGUUCGGUGCUCUCCCCCACGCUUUUCAUCCUGUAUAUCAAUGACAUGCUGUCUAUUGAUGGCAUGCAUUGCUAUGCGGAUGACAGCACGGGGGAUGCGCGAUAUAUCGGCCAUCAGAGUCUCUCUCGGAGCGUGGUGCAAGAGAGACGAUCAAAACUUGUGUCUGAAGUGGAGAACUCUCUGGGGCGAGUCUCCAAAUGGGGUGAAUUGAACUUGGUUCAAUUCAACCCGUUAAAGACACAAGUUUGCGCGUUCACUGCGAAGAAGGACCCCUUUGUCAUGGCGCCGCAAUUCCAAGGAGUAUCCCUGCAACCUUCCGAGAGUAUUGGGAUACUUGGGGUCGACAUUUCGAGCGAUGUCCAGUUUCGGAGUCAUUUGGAAGGCAAAGCCAAGUUGGCGUCCAAAAUGCUGGGAGUCCUCAACAGAGCGAAGCGGUACUUCACGCCUGGACAAAGGCUUUUGCUUUAUAAAGCACAAGUCCGGCCUCGCGUGGAGUACUGCUCCCAUCUCUGGGCCGGGGCUCCCAAAUACCAGCUUCUUCCAUUUGACUCCAUACAGAGGAGGGCCGUUCGGAUUGUCGAUAAUCCCGGUCUCACGGAUCGUUUGGAACCUCUGGGUCUGCGGAGGGACUUCGGUUCCCUCUGUAUUUUGUACCGUAUGUUCCAUGGGGAGUGCUCUGAGGAAUUGUUCGAGAUGAUACCGGCAUCUCGUUUUUACCAUCGCACCGCCCGCCACCGGAGUAGAGUUCAUCCAUACUACCUGGAGCCACUGCGGUCAUCCACAGUGCGUUUCCAGAGGUCUUUUUUGCCACGUACCAUCCGGCUAUGGAAUGAGCUCCCCUCCACGGUGUUUCCCGAGCGCUAUGACAUGUCCUUCUUCAAACGAGGCUUGUGGAGAGUAUUAAGCGGUAGGCAGCGGCUUGGCUCUGCCCCUGGCAUUGCUGAAGUCCAUGGGCGACGGUAACCACUCACCAUCAGGUGGGCCGUAUGCUCGUCUGUCUACAAGGGCAAUAAAAAAAAAAAAAAAAAAAAAAAAAAAUACACAUUCCGAUUAACAGUUUGACGAUCCGUCAUUCCGAUAGAAACAGCUGACUAUCGAUUCAUAUGAUCGGUUUUGGCAUCGCUAAACACUAAAACGUGAAAUGUCACGUAAACCUUGAAAAUGUAAAAAAAAAAGUGUGUGUGUCCGCUCCGACGCACGACUGGAGUUUACUGGAUAUAAAUAUAAAUUUGUGUCAGUUGAAUACAGUAAAAUAUGGAAGGUACGUAUUCUAGUGAGAAUGAUCCGGGAGUUGCGGAACACGUGGAUGCGGUAAUUAAGUAAGUCUAUAUAAUUCACUUUUACAAUUAAUAUAUAAGUUGUCCAUUCACUGAUAGAAGGAAUUGUUUAUAUUUAAUAAGCUUUAUUAAUAAAUGAUUUGUAGCGGGUUAUAUUCGGGUAUCAACCCACUAACAGUUGAUACGUUCAGGAAUCGAACCCGAACGGCGUCCGGCCACAAGCAAAACGAUGUCGGUAAAUUAAACGAAACAAUACGAGAAAUAGUUCUAUAUUACGACAACACGAUACACUACAGAUUAUUAACAAAUUAACGAGACACAAAACAAACGACUAACAAAUAUAUGAAAAUACAAUAAUGAGAGAAACGCGCGAUCAGUACGAGGCUUUGUGGCGGACUGCCGGCGCAGCAGCCCGGCGUCACCUGCGAUAACGCGGCCGCGCGUUGGCUCCUGAUUGGCCAAUCAGGAGCCAAUCAGGCGCAUAACGCAUUUCGUGUGACAUGCUAUACUCUCUAGUACGAUUUUGGUCCCCAUAAUUUUCAUACCCCGGGCCUAUAUAUGUAAAUCGAUUCUUAAGAAGUAAACUCCAAAAAAAACAACUAUGUAUAUUGAUUUAGAAUACUUUCAAAUUUUCACAUUUGUAUAAAAAUACGUCGAUUUUGUUGACGGUACCUGUACACUGUUUAUUAAGGUACCUCGUAAACCUCGAAUUCUUAAUAAGUCAUCGUAAACUCGAAUAAAAAAUAUGAUCUGUUUGUUAAAAAUACUGAUAUGAAGAAAAAUUCAUCGACUUUUUUUAUAAAAAUGUAGAAAUUUAAAGAGCUGAUACGUUUUAGUCAAUUGCAACAUUCGACUUAAAAAGUUUUGUAUGUUAUUAGUGUUUAUUGAACCGACAUCACAUUGCCAUCAACACUGUACUUAAUUUAAGAUUUUCAAAGACAGGGUUACAAUAUUUGUUUAUAAAUAUACAUUCACUAAGUUUUACAUUGUAUUAUGAUUUAGUUUAUUAAUUCUAAGUAUUACGAUUGUUUUUAGAUUUGCGCAACUACUCAAAACAUAACAAUUUUUUCAAAUACCUACCAAACUACUGCCAAUUAUCAUUUUUAUCUGUGGAAAAUGUCAAACUAUUAAUAAAUCAUAGAAAUCUUCAAUCGUUAAUUCAAACUGGUUAUUUAUUUCCAUUUUUAAAUAAUAGUCAUCAGACAAAUAUUUUGUCUGAUCUUGUAACAUAGCUGUAGAUAUGUGUUACCUGUAUGUUGCAAAAUUUUGUAAAUAAGCGAGUGCCUGUGAUUUUCCACUGCUUUUUUUUAAAUGGUCCGUUGCAAAUUUUCACCGUCUAUGUUACAAAUACACUACCUACCUUUUCAACUUUUAUCAAUCAAAAGGUGUCUUUUAUAUUUAUAUUGCGUUUAUUCAUUAAUAGGCGAGAAGAUUCCAUUCCAAGGCGGCUGUUUAUAUUUCUAGCAUGGACAAUAUCUGUGGCAGCAUAAUGUAUCAAUGUAACCUUUCACUAUCUAAUUUAAUAAUAAAGCUAAUAAAUCUUAAAAACUUGUCUGAGAGAAAAUAUUCAGAAGAAUUAAACCAAUAGUUCCCAAAAAAUGAGAUAUUGCCGCAUUACAAAUAAAAUUAUCAGUAGACUUAACCGCUGACGAACCGUUAUUUUUAAAAUUAAAUUUUGCACAUCAUCAAAAUUAAAAAUCGCACAUCAUCAUAUUCGAGGGUGUGUCUUGAAGUGAAAGUAAUUUUGAACUUUUGAAUUUUACUAAAUGAAAUUCAACGAAAUAUAAUAUAUUACAUAUAUUAUGUAGAACAGCAGAAUGUUUAUUAUAUUACAUAUAUUAUAUUUCGAUAAAUUUAAACCCUAAAGGACGUUCUGAAAACUGUUUAACUAAUGUCAUAAUCACUGGAUUUUUUUAAGUACUUUAACAUCGCAUUUAUUCAUAUUAAUAUAUCUUUUUUUUCUCUACCAACAGUAUUUAUUGCACUUAAUUAUGUAAUUUUGUCUCUUAGACCUAGGUAUAAUAAAACAUCUUGUAAUCCUACACCGCCCCUUAGUAAUUAUAAAUUUUCAUGCAAAAUGUAUUUUAUAAAUUUAUAAUAUUUGUAUGUGUUAAUACACUGUAGCUAUUUGAAUAAAUAUUACUUUGAUAGAAGUGUACUAGAACAUUGUUGUUGUAACAUGUUUAUCCAUGUAACAUGUUGUAAAUCCAAUUAAGCGCCUUACUUACUACAAGUUGAUUUUGCUCAUAAAUAUGAAAAAAAAUUGCGGUAAAAAGGUAUAUAUGUGGGCGUUUCAUAAGAAGACAUGUCGCAGGAAAUAAUUAAUUUAACAAUGGUAUUCGCACUGCGCGCAAUGCAAAGCUAAAUAAAAAUUGUCACGUUCGGGAUCAUUGCUUGCACAAUGUGAAAUGUCUGUCUUCGUUCAAGAUAACUUCAUUACAUAUCAAGUUUCUGAAUUAGGGUAAUUGAUCUUUCAGACAGACAUUUACAGGUGGUAGGACCUCUUGUGAGUCCUAGCGGGUGGGUACCACCACCCCGCCUAUUUCUGCCGUGAAGCAGUAAUGCGUUUCAGUUUGAAGGGUGGGGCAGCCGUUGUAACUAUACUUGAGACCUUAGAACUUAUAUCUCAAGGUGGGUGGCGCAUUUACGUCGUGGAUGUCUAUGGGCUCCAGUAACCACUUAACACCAGGUGGGCUGUGAGCUCGUCCACCCAUCUAAGCAAUAAAAAAAAACGUGGUUUGAUAAAUAAUUUUGAGUAAAUUUUAGCAGUACAUAAUAUGUUUUUGUUGAGUUUUUGCGCAAUCGGUCGUUUCAUAGGAAACCUCACUUUAAAUCCAGCCGCGGCCAUUCUAAUCUAUUGUUUACCAUUUUUGUGAUUUCGACUUUUGUGUUCCUAAUUUAGGAUCGAAGUGCGGUAUCCUUUAUACGUAAAAUAAACGAAUAAAAUGAAUAAUUCGUUAUCGAACUGUUGUCAUUAACAUAUUUAUUAACGUUUUAACUUAAUAAAUUAUCAAAUUGUGCUUUGAGAAAAUACUUCGAAGUUACCACCACACUGCCUAUGUAAAAAUCUGUAAUAAUACAACAGUUGACACUUACUUAAAAUACUGGUACUUAAGGGUGAAGAAAUACGAUUGGUUAUUAAAUUUUAUUGCUCAUUUGCUUUAAAUAAUAACUUAAUGAAAAUGUCACAUCCGAGAUUUUUAAACUUUUAGUAUAUACGUACUUACAAAAUAGUUUUAAGUCGAUUUAUUUAGGUAAUGUCGUUAUUGUGAACAAAAUCUGCAUUUUAUUGUUCAUAAUUUUACAAUAGUUGACACAACCGUGAUGUGUUUGUCUGUUAUUAAUACACAAUGUGAAUAGUAAUGUAUCAUAAACAAGUUAUGUAGGUACUUGGGUAAUAAUGUUAAUGUGCGAAGCUUGUUAUGUAAUAGAAUGUUAGUAUUUAGUUAGGACCACACUAUGUGCCUAAAUUAUUUAUGAUCUUGAUAUAAAGAAGUUAACAAUUGAGUGAAUUUUGUUCUUAAUUAGUAAAAAAUAUCUAAGUAUAUAUAUAUCGCGUUCUCUAAUUGAUGAUUUGUUGUGUUUAUUGGAAUUUUCAAUAAUUAAUUUACGGAAUUACUUAUUUUAGGUACUUAUCUGGUUUUGUUACUUGCCUUUAUUUAUCAUAAAUACAAUAUUUAAAAAUA